AUGAGCUCCUCUGCGAACAUCUAUGUCGAAGAUCGUUUCUAUAAUAAGCUUCUGUCUUACCUGAUGGGCCUGGAUCAGCCUCAGCUGGAGGAAUUCAAGGUCUGUCUCCAGUCCUCACAGCUGCUUCUUGGGAACUUCCAGCAGAUUCCCUGGGCAAACUUGAAAGCCAUCGAUCCCAUUAACCUGUUCUGUCUGUUGAGUGAAUACUUUUCAGAAAGGCAGAUCUGGGAAGUGACCCUCACCAUCUUUGAGAACAUGAACCUGAGUUCAUGGUGUAUGGAAAUUAGAGCAAUGCUGAAUGAGAUGGCACAGACACAGGACUCCCAAGAUGCAAAGCAAGAAGAAUCGGAGGUUCCAGAAGAAGGAGACCACAGAAGAAGAUACAGAGAGAGAAUGAAGGCUAAAAUAUUGAUGAUGUGGGACAACAUCCCUUGGCCUGAAGACCAUAUUUAUCUCCGCAACGUGACUGAAAAGGAACAUGAGGAACUGAAGAGCCUCCUGUAUCCUAACAGGACUGGAGCCCAGCCACAGACCAUCGUCUUGGAGGGCCUAGCAGGGGUCGGGAAGACCACCUUGGCAAUGAAGGCUGUGCUGCAUUGGGCAGAGGGCUUUCUCUUUCAACAGAGAUUCUCCUAUGUUUUCUUUAUCAGCUGCCAUAAAGUUAAAGAGAUGAAGGAUACCACAUUAGCUGGCCUGCUUUCCUGGGACUGGCCUGACUCCCAGGCCCCCAUUGAAGAGGUCAAGAGUUGCUCUGAGAGGCUCCUGUUUGUCAUUGAUGGCUUUGAAGAAAUGGACAUGCCCUCCAAUUUGGAUGACAGCCCACCAUGUGAAGACUGGUACCAAGAACUCCCAGUCAACAGAAUUCUGUUCUACUUGUUGAAGAAAGAGUUGGUUCCCCUGGCUACCUUACUGAUCACGACCAAGGAGUAUAGAACCAACGAUCUUAAAAACUUGUUACUGAAUCCAUGGUUUGUACAGAUCUUAGGGUUCACAGAGGGAGACCGGGAGGAGUAUUUCAUCAGGUACUUUGGUGACCAAAACAAAGCUAAGAAAAUCUUGCAUUGGGUAAGAAAAAACGAAACUCUCUUUCACUUCUGCUCUGCCCCCAUGGUGUGCUGGACCGUGUGUUCCUGUCUGAAGCAGCAAAUGGCGAGAAAUCCUCACUUCCAGCUAAGCACCCAGACCACCACCAGUCUGUAUGUCUACUUUUUCUCUAGUUUGUUCGCCACAGUGGAGGUGAGUUUGUCGGACCAGAGCUGGCCAGAUCAGUGGAGAGCCCUCUGCUUUCUGGCUGCAGAGGGAAUGUGGUUUUGGAAGUUCACGUUUGCAAAGAAGGACCUCAAACACAGGCAUCUGGAAGAAACUGUCAUUGGUUCUCUCCUCAGGUUGAAUAUUCUUCGAAAGGUCAGUGACUGUGAGGAUUGUGUUACUUUCACUCACCAGAGUUUCCAGGUGUUUUUGGGGGCCAUGUUCUAUGUGCUGAGGGGAAUGAGAGGAUCUGUUGGUGGUCCUCCAAAGCACCAAGAGAUGAAGGUGCUUCUGAACGAUGCCUUGGCUGACACAAACUUCUACUGGAAUCAGAUGGCUCUGUUUUUCUUUGGCCUUUUAAAAAGAAACCUAGCAGAAGAACUGGAAGAUACUUUGCAUUGUAAAGUGAACCCUCGGAUAAUGGAUGAAUUACUGGAAUGGGCAGAAGAAUUAGAAAGCUAUGACCUCAUCUCCAACUGUUUUGAAUUUCUACACUUUUUUGAGUGCUUAUAUGAGACUCAGGAGGAAAAUUUUGUAAGACAGAUUUUGAGUCAUCUCCUUGAAGCUGAUCUUGAUAUUUUUGGGAAUCUACAACUCCAGGUUUCUUCGUUUUGCCUAAAGCACUGUCAAAGUUUAAAUAAGCUAAGGCUUUCUGUCAACGGUACCAUCCCUCAGAUGGAAUUGACUUUCAACUUGGAAACUCUGGAGAUGAGGCCACAUUCCAAGAUAGGCCAGUGGCAGGAUGUUUGCUCCGUGUUUUCCAAUGGAAAUCUCUGUGAACUGGACCUGAGUAACAGCAAGCUUAACGCUUUUGCAAUGAAGAAACUCUGUUAUGAGCUGAGAAAUCCAAGGUGCAAACUCCAAAAAUUGACGUGCAAAUCAGUAACUCCUGUGAGGAUUCUGAAGGAACUUGUCCUUGCCCUGUAUGGUAACCACAGGCUGACACACCUGAACUUGAGCUCGAACAACCUGGUAAUUCCCGUGUCCACGAUGAUCUUUAAAACCUUGAGGCACUCAGCCUGCAACCUCCAGUAUCUGUGGUUGGAAUCAUGUGGCCUCACCCCGCUAGUCUGUCGUCAUCUCUUCCUGGAGCUCUGCAAGAACUCGAGUGUGCGCUUCCUCAGCCUGGGGGACAAUGAUCUCUCUGGUGUUGAGGUGAAAAGUCUGCCAGGGCCCUCGGAGAUGCCCGAGUCUUCCCUGAAGGAGCUGUCCCUGGAGAAAUGCAACUUGUCAGCUGCCAGCUGUCAGGAUCUCACUUUGCACCUCACCAGGACCCAGAGAACAACUCGACUGUGCCUGGGAUUUAAUCCUCUCAGAGACGAUGGCGUGAGGCUCCUGUGUGCUUCCCUGACUCACCCCGAGUGUGCUUUAGAGAGAUUGGUGCUCUGGUUCUGCCAGCUCGGUGCACCCAGUUGCAGGUACUUGUCAGAUGCUCUCCUUGAGAACAAGAGUUUGACCCAUCUGAACCUGAGGAGGAAUAACCUGAGAGAUGAGGGAGUAAAGUUUCUGUGUAAGGCCUUGAGUCAUCCAGACUGCAGCCUCCAGAACCUGGAUUUGUCAGAUUGUUCUUUCACAGCGGAGGGUUGCCAGGAGCUUGCUAAUGCCCUCCAGCACAAUCCUAACGUGAAAAUUUUGGAUAUUGGGAGCAAUGAUAUUCAGGAUGAUGGCGUGAAACACCUGUGUGAGGUCCUAAAACAUCCGAAUAGUGCAUUGAACACACUUGGGUUGGAGAAGUGCAAUCUGACGCCUGCUUGCUGCCAACAUCUUUCCUCUGUUCUCAGAAGCAGUAAAAGCCUGUUAAACCUGAACCUUUUGGGGAAUGACUUGGAGCCCAGAGGAGUCAGCACACUGUGGAAGGCCUUGAAAAAAUCAACAUGCAAACUACAGAAGCUUGGGCUUAAAAAAGAGUUGUACAACAUAGUGAAGGAAGAGCUUGAGGAAUUGCAUGAAAGGGGGUCCUUUCUGAGAGUCAAGUUUAAGUGGGAUUUCAAUGACCUUGAGGACAAAUGGUGGUGGUAA